UGCCAACUAUAUUUAUCUGUGGCAACAAAGCUGUCAAAAUCAUAAAUAACCUCAAAUGUUGUUUUUAAUUUUGCAAAACUCCAAAAAUUGUAAUAAAAGCUAUAUUUUUCUUGCUAAAAAUUCAAUAAUAUUUGCAAUAUGACCGUGUACUUAUCGAGAUUUGUGAUACGGACACUGCGACCGGCGCUACAAAGCCGUUUGGUGACCACUUGCUUCUCGGAUAUCAAACCGGCUGCAAAUGCCUUUUUUCCUAAAAAAACCGAUGUAUUUCGAAUCGGACAACAGUUCUUUAGGAACUAUUCUCUCGACAAUAUCCAACCUACAACCAUGGCGCUUGAUAAUACAAGUUUACCGUUAAAGAAGAAAACGAGUUACAAAAAGGUGGUUUUGGAGGAUUUGACCAAGAAAGACGGGCAAUAUUUGACUUUGGCGUACGCUACAGCAUAUCGUUAUGACCUGAAGGCUCUGAGAGAGGGCCUGCUGCAACAGAAGCUCUAUGAACCGGGAACGCUAAAUACUCAUGAAGUAGGCAAUGUGGUGGUGGCCAGCCCAGUGUACAGCGUAGGGGACGAGCCCCGAGAGAUCAUCUUCUUCCAAGAGGGGGCUGUGGUGUUUUGGAACUGCACAGAGCUGGAAGCCAACAAUGUAUUGGAUUUUAUUCGGCCAUAUGAAGUGCAAAGUUAUCCACGAGAUGUUGUCACCAGAGAGAGAGAAAUUAUGACUUAUCAAUAUCAGAUUAAUGCCAAGAGGUGUUCUCUUCAAGAGUCAUCCUUUGUUCUAGUGCCAAACAGUGACAACUCACUGGAGAGAUAUUCCUUCAGCCACGCCAUGGCGCAGUCGGCGCGGCUGGGCGCGUGGGAGGCGCGGCUGGAGGCGCUGGCGGCGUCUGUGCGCGCGCACACCGAGCGCAUGGAGGCCGCGGGCGCCGUGCACGUCGAGAAGAAAGAGGUACUUAACAGUGUUAUGUUGUACGUGUCGCAGGUAGUUCGCAAGCUGGGCGAGUUGCUGUCGCUCCGGCACCGCAUUAACGUGGAGUCGGACCUGCUGGACACGCCCGACUGCUACUGGGAGGACGAGCGCCUCGAGAUGCUCUACUCCAGCACCGUCGCCUACUUCACCAUACCCAGGCGGACCAGGGUACUGAACGAGCGCUUAUCGCACUGCGUGGAGCUGCUGGAGUUGUUGUCGUCGUGGGCGGCGGACCGGCACCACGUGCGCCUGGAGUGGAUGGUGAUCGCGCUCAUCAUGGCCGAGGUGCUGUUCGAGCUGCUGCACUGCUUCGAGCGCUACGUGUGGGCCGAGCGCCAGCCCGAGCUGCGCCACUAGAGCCACACCACGUGCGCCUGCAGUGGAUGGUGAUUGCGCUCAUCCUGGCCGAGGUGCUGUUCGAGCUGCUGCACUGCUUCGAGCGCUACGUGUGGGCCGAGCGCCAGCCCGAGCUGCGCCACUAGAGCCACACCACGUGCGCCUGCAGUGGAUGGUGAUGGCGCUCAUCCUGGCCGAGGUGCUGUUCGAGCUGCUGCACUGCUUCGAGCGCUACGUGUGGGCCGAGCGCCAGCCCGAGCUGCGCCACUAGAGCCACACCACGUGCGCCUGCAGUGGAUGGUGAUUGCGCUCAUCCUGGCCGAGGUGCUGUUCGAGCUGCUGCACUGCUUCGAGCGCUACGUGUGGGCCGAGCGCCAGCCCGAGCUGCGCCACUAGAGCCACACCACGUGCGCCUGCAGUGGAUGGUGAUUGCGCUCAUCCUGGCCGAGGUGCUGUUCGAGCUGCUGCACUGCUUCGAGCGCUACGUGUGGGCCGAGCGCCAGCCCGAGCUGCGCCACUAGAGCCACACCACGUGCGCCUGCAGUGGAUGGUGAUUGCGCUCAUCCUGGCCGAGGUGCUGUUCGAGCUGCUGCACUGCUUCGAGCGCUACGUGUGGGCCGAGCGCCAGCCCGAGCUGCGCCACUAGAGCCACACCACGUGCGCCUGCAGUGGAUGGUGAUGGCGCUCAUCCUGGCCGAGGUGCUGUUCGAGCUGCUGCACUGCUUCGAGCGCUACGUGUGGGCCGAGCGCCAGCCCGAGCUGCGCCACUAGAGCCACACCACGUGCGCCUGCAGUGGAUGGUGAUGGCGCUCAUCCUGGCCGAGGUGCUGUUCGAGCUGCUGCACUGCUUCGAGCGCUACGUGUGGGCCGAGCGCCAGCCCGAGCUGCGCCACUAGAGCCACACCACGUGCGCCUGCAGUGGAUGGUGAUUGCGCUCAUCCUGGCCGAGGUGCUGUUCGAGCUGCUGCACUGCUUCGAGCGCUACGUGUGGGCCGAGCGCCAGCCCGAGCUGCGCCACUAGAGCCACACCACGUGCGCCUGCAGUGGAUGGUGAUGGCGCUCAUCCUGGCCGAGGUGCUGUUCGAGCUGCUGCACUGCUUCGAGCGCUACGUGUGAAGAAAUGCGCCAUUAGAGCCCGCCAGCUCUGUCACCUUCCCAACAACUAGCGAGUUCGGAGUGCGGAGGAUUUGACGGCAGGUCGGCACCAUUUUGGUAUUAGAGUUCUUUGUUGUCUCAGUUGUGACAGCUUGUCCGGGGAAGUUACUGCCAUUCUAAAGAUAAAAAUAAUUUAAUCACAGCGACUAAGAUCAUCUGAAGAUGAUAGCUUGUAGGCUUCUUUAAAAUCUCAAAGCUACUCUCUUUUUUAUUUAUGUAAUUUAAUAUUAUUUUUGUAAAUAUAUUUUAUCUUUAUAUGUAUUCAGGUUUGCACAACCGCAUGCAAAUCCAUGAAUUGACAGAUCUAAAUAAUGAUAUUUGUUCCUCUUUAAAGCACUCGGUGAUGGUAUGAGUGUGCAAAGGAUGGCAUUAGUUUUAUACGCACACACUUCUGUGGUCACUGUUUAGACCUGUAUCAUUUUAGGUUGGGACUUGAGUACCAAAGAAAUAGAUUAGUUUUCUUGAACAGGCGUCACGGCUCUGUCUUUAAACCUUGAGGUCUAGUUCGGACUACUUUAGUAUUUUAGUCGAGUACGAACAAUUUUUGGGCGGUAAAUCCAAAAAUUGUUCGUAUUCGACAAAAAUACUAAAGUAGUCUGUACGGCCUAUCAGCUUUGAAAAUAUACUACCUAUAGUGCGACAUGAAAAAGUAGAAGUUAAAUAAAACUAAUAAACUCGCUGUGUGGCAACACCACAUUUACUGUCAUCAUCACAAAGAUCUGUCAUUAUAGAACAACCAAUUAUUAUAGAUAAAUUUAUCAGAUUAUUAACAUCAUAGUGGACAUUUAGAUAAUUACCAGACGAAUUACAAUAAAUAUCAUUUAUCUAGAUGAAAUUUACUUUUUUCAUUUAUUAAAUGCAAAUCAUUAAAUCGGCUAUCUUAGUACUCCUAACAUGAUGCUCGGGGCUAAAUAGUGAUGUAAGUAUUUUCCAAAUAUAUUUAUUAACUUUUUUAUAUUAGAUUGUAAUAUUAUUUUGAACAGAUAAUUUAAAAUAAGAACAUAAUAUUACCAACGGAUACAAUAUAAUAACAAUUAUUAUCAAGUAUCAAGGUAGUUCCAGUCCCAAGUGGAUGACAGAACACAGGGUUACCAUAAGAACGACGAUUAGUGAGCGCCCUCAUUUAUUUUCUCUUUUUUUUCUCUUUUGUGUCGCACUAUAGCACAUUAGUAAGUUAAAUAAUAAAAUGUCAUGUAGGUGGUAUUUAGCUAUAAUAUAAUGGUUAAGUUAAGUAAUGAAAAUCAAAAAUAUAUAAUUAUAUUUUUUUAAUAAAAGUUAUUAUAAAAUUA